CUGAGGUUCCUUCUACCAUGGAUGGGUAGAGAGGGCUCAGGCUCAUCCUGGUUAAUGGACCAUCCGCCCCCAUUGGCCCUGCCCUUGCGAUGCAGAGCUGAGAGGACUUUGUAAGGGGACCCUUGGUGGGGGCAUUGCCCUGUGUUCUUUGGGAGAGGGGCCCAGGGCACUCAUUGGGCUCUGUCCCCGCUGCCCUUAGAGGAUGUGUGGAAACCCUUCCCCCACUGGCCUCUUGCUUCACUGGUGCCUUGACGGGAGGGGCUGGUCUCCUCUACGACUCCAGGCUACCUCAGUGUCCCCAUCUUUGCCACAGAUGCACCGGCACCUCCCCCUGGGAGGAGUGAUGGUUUUGUUUUGUUUUAUUUUUCUAACUCUGCUGACCGUGAAUAAAAGACCAAAACACUACAAUCUGGCUUGAGUACUGCUGGCGGGUGGGUAGGUGAGAAGGAGGCGGGCGGCAGGGAGAGGCCUGCAUGGGGGUGGGGACCAGGAGUCUGGCAGGGAGGCUGCCACGUGCAGAGUUGGGGCGCCAGGCCUUGGGAGAUCCUGGGACCUGGAGGCUGACGGGGCCUGUGCCUCCCGCCCGAGCGGCCCUCAAGCCCCUGAGACUGCUCCUGGGGAGAGCCCUCCCUUGCCCACCAGGAGGGGGCCGACUCUGGGAGGGCUCUGGGACGGCAGAUUAGGGCCUAGGGGGCCACGUGACCCUCCCCCAGGAAUGCGGUGACGUCACAAGGGGCGUGGCUGUCCCCAAAAUUGGGGAGGAAGGGAAAAAAAGCUAGAGAAAGUUUCUUUCCUGGAGUCCCAAACGAGGUCUGGGACGGGAAGGGGGUGGGUCAAAGACACAGGACCAGGAGUUUGUGGGGCCCUGACUGCUGUUUGGAGUUACCCCAUUCCAGGCCAUGUCGGGACCCACCUGGCUCCCCCCGAAGCAGCCAGAGCUCUCCAGAGCCCCUCAGGGGAGAGCACUCUCCAGAGGUGCCCCAGGGCCACCACCAGCCCACGGAACAGCACUCCAGCCCCAUCCCAGAGCCAGUUUUUGCCCCCUCCCAUCUGAGCAGUGUUACCAGCCCUCUGGGGGACCAGAGGAUCGGGGGCCAGCCUGGGUGGGGUCCCAUGGACCACCCCAGCGUUCGCAGGGGCUCACUCCAGAGCGGGGGUGCCUGCGCCCAGCAAGUCUGGAUGCUGAGAUAGAUUCGCUGACCAGCAUGCUGGCUGAGCUGGAUGGGGGUCGUGGCCAUGCGCCGCAGCGACCAGACCGACAGGCUUAUGAGCCCCCUCAGCUACCUGCCUAUUGCUCAGGCUCCCUGAAGCCUAAUGGAGGAGGGGGUGUUCCAGCCCCGCUGCUCCCAGCGUCCCCCUAUGGGGGCCCCACUCCAGCCUCCUAUGCUACUGCCAGCACCCCAGCUGGCCCUGCCUUCCCUGUGCAAGUGAAGGUGGCCCAGCCAGUAAGAGGCUGUGGGCCGCCUAGGCGGGGGGCCUUUCAGGCCUCAGGGCCUCUCCCAGGCCCCCACUUUCCUCUCCCAGGCCGAGGUGAAGUCUGGGGGCCUGGCUAUAGGAGCUCCCGUGAGCCAGGACCAGCGGGUAAAGAAGAGGCAGCAGGGGUCCCUAGCCCUGGAAGAGGCAGAGGAGGCGGGCAUGGACCCCAGGUUCCCCUGAGCCAGCCUCCGGAGGAAGAACUGGAGAGACUGACUAAGAAGUUGGUGCACGACAUGAACCACCCGCCCAGCGGGGAGUACUUUGGCCGAUGUGGUGGCUGUGGAGAAGAUGUGGUCGGGGAUGGGGCUGGUGUUGUGGCCCUCGACCGUGUCUUCCAUGUUGGCUGCUUCGUGUGUUCCACCUGCCAGGCCCAGCUCCGGGGCCAGCACUUCUAUGCUGUGGAGAGGAGGGCAUAUUGCGAGAGCUGCUAUGUGGCCACCCUGGAGAAAUGCUCCACGUGCUCCCAACCCAUCUUGGACCGGAUCCUGCGGGCUAUGGGGAAGGCCUACCACCCUAGCUGCUUCACCUGCGUGGUGUGCCACCGUGGCCUGGAUGGCAUCCCCUUCACUGUGGAUGCCACCAGCCAGAUCCACUGCAUUGAGGACUUCCACAGGAAGUUUGCCCCACGAUGCUCAGUGUGUGGUGGAGCCAUCAUGCCUGAGCCAGGUCAGGAGGAGACAGUGAGAAUUGUUGCUCUGGAUCGCAGUUUUCACAUUGGCUGUUACAAGUGUGAGGAAUGCGGGCUGCUGCUAUCCUCAGAGGGGGAAUGUCAGGGCUGCUACCCACUGGAUGGACACAUCUUGUGCAAGGCCUGCAGUGCCUGGCGCAUUCAAGAGCUCUCAGCCACUGUCACCACUGACUGCUGAGUCUUCUUACAAGCAUCUGCUGCGAUCUUAGUCCCCAUCCAUCACCUUCCCUGACAUCUGCCUUUACAACUUUGUCACCAAAUGCUGUUUUUUCUGCCUCCACUCAUGAAAUAAUAAUCUCUCAAGAGUUUACAAAACACUUUCAAGUCUGUGGUCUCACAGCAGCCCAAUACAAGCAUGACUGUUGUCACUGCAGAGCUGA